UUACUCGGAGGUGGAGGCCUCAUGCUGUGGCUUCAGAGGAAGAGGAGAAGGAAGAUAGCUUCUGAGUCUCCACAAGACGAGCACGAGCCACAAAGCACACAGCGCCACAAAGCACAGAAUGACAACUGGAUCAAGUCUCACUUUAGCCGCCUUUCCGAAGAGAAGCUGGCCACCCACGGCGGUACCGCCCCUCCACAGCCUAAUAGUGGCCACAGAGAGGCCAGCACCAUGAUGCUCAUGGAGACCGCCCCCUCGAGGCAAGGAGAAGCAGGCACUGCUCGCCACCAGGGGCCCUUCCUGAACAAGCAGAAGGUUUUUGGGCCCUCAGUGGUCAAAGAGACCCACAAGGGGUCCUCAUCAACAGAUGAGGCUACGUGGUCCGCCGUGGCUAGUAGCACUAAGGACAUUGACGCCAAGGGACGGCAGCUGGCUAACUCCAUGAUGCAGCGGGCCAUGGUUUACCAGAAUUCAGGCCACGUGGAACCCAAGGACAUCAACCAGGAGGAGCUGAAGGCCCUCGGGGAAGUGGAGAUAAAGCUGAAAAGUAAUUUCCUCACCCAGCGGGAAACCACUGUAACUGGUAUGAACCACACACACACCUUCCAUGGCCACGGUCACCAUGGCCACCAGGAUCAUCCAGGCCACCCGAGCCACCAGAGCCACAGCCUGCCCAACCGCAGCCAUCAGCCCUAUCACCCCUUUGAAGCCACCUAACCACAGAUGGAGCGGCCCCUUCCCCCAACAGGGUUGGUACACAACCACAGGCCUGUUUUCUCUCCCGUGGGACAACCUGUGUGGCCCAGAGUAAGAUGCUCCACCCUGAUCCCUUCCACCUUCGGCCCCCUCGGGGGUCCUGGGCCCCUCUGACUUCAUGAGCAGGGUCUGCCACAGAGGACAGCCCUCGUGGAGGGAGAGCUGGGAAGAAGCACAGCAACUGAAACAGACUCACAGGCCCCUGCACCCACCCCCUGUGCUCACCCACUGAGAGAAGACAGAUGAGGCAGAUCCCAGGAGCAGCUGAGAGCCCUGCGCUGACGCCACAAGCCUGGAACUGAGCCAAUAAAGCCUUGU